GUCACUCAGACAAGACAACUUUCACCCGAUAGCUAGCCAGCUACAACGUAGCACCACAUCACACACCACACCACACCACUCCACCCCCACCCCCCACCACCAUGUCCUCCCUCCUCGUUAUGCCCCUCCGCGCCGGCGGGCCCAGCGUGCUCCGCAUCGCAGCUACCAGCUCGCGUCGCGCACCGGCGCUCUGCCUCGCGGGGCUGCACACCAGCUCUAUCGCGCGGACGCCGCCUGCGCCCAGCGCUGCGCCGAAGAACGCGGCGUCGUCUUCUUCUUCCUCGGCAGCUGCCGAUGCGACGACGAGCGCGCUCUCUCACGAGGGGCGCGGGAGCGAGGGCGCGCACUACAACGACAAGACCGAGGCCGACAUCUCGGCUCUCAUAGCCACCGACAAGGCCGGCGGGUGGACGCUCAUGAACCCCAUCUACACCGAGUCGGACCUCGACAGCGUCAAGGUCGUCUACCGCGAGCCGCAGACCAUCACCGACGCGACGAUCCGCAACAUGGUCCGCCUGACCAAGUGGACGUUUGACAAGGUGACGGGCUACAAGGGCACGCAUAUCACGCCCGACCACCUCAAGAGCAGCACGAUCGAGCAGCUGCGCGAGAAGGGCGACCUGCUCAGCGACAAGGCGUGGCUCAAGCGCAUCAUCUUCCUCGAGUCGAUCGCCGGCGUGCCCGGCAUGGUGGGUGGUACGCUGCGCCACCUGCGUAGUCUCCGCCUGCUGCGCCGCGACGGCGGCUGGAUCCACACGCUGCUGGAAGAGGCCGAGAACGAGCGCAUGCACCUGCUCACCUUCAUGACCGUCGCUCGCCCGUCGUGGCUGACCCGCGCGGUCGUCCUCGGCGCCCAGGGCGUCUUCUACAACCUCUUCUUCCUCACCUACCUGAUCACGCCCAAGACGGCGCACCGCUUCGUCGCCGCGCUCGAGGAGGAGGCCGUGCGGACGUACACCCACUGCAUCGAGGACGUGGAGCGCGGCCUCGUGCCCGAGUGGAGCGACAAGCCCGCGCCGCAGAUCGCAAUCGACUACUGGCGCAUGCCCGAGGACGCGUCGCUGCUCGACGUGAUCAAGGCCGUGCGUGCCGACGAGGCGACGCACCGCUUCGUCAACCACUCGCUUGCCAACCUCGACCAGAAGCACGACUUCAACCCCUUCGCUUUGGGCGAGCCGGCCCCAGAGAUCCGCGGCACGAUCCCCGGCUUCACCCGGGAAGAGAGCGCAAAGUACGCCAAUGAGACGCAGCAGAAGCUGCUCGGCGCGGCAAAGGAGCAGCAGGAGAAGCAGUCGUAAGCGGCCUCGAGCGGCGCAGCCGCGAGUGAGCGCGUCCACCGGAGCAACAAACAACGUCGCUGCGCCAGCACCCAGCCACAAAACGGUCACACAGUCCCACUUGUUAGAGUAAAACGUAAUGAUGCCCAUGUUCAUGUAUUCUAUGUCGCGAA